CUCUUGAGAAUCAAUUCGUUACGAAGCCAGCGAAGUUGAGAUGCUAGGUUGAUUCGGCAUACCGUGGCGAUAGAGUCUUCUUAGCUGCUAUCUCGGGUCGCGGCGAGCGUAGAACAAUUUGCAAUAGCCAGUGAAAAGAAAGUCAGAACACCACGAACACAGAUUAGCAAACUACCGUCCGUACCCUGGCCUGAGGUGGUUGUUGAUUGUGGUCGACUCACGUCUUCAGGAGACAUACUAAAUUCCAGGCUAAUCCCGAGCUGGGUUAGCUUUCGCAACUCUUGGCGCGACUUAUCGAUAUCCAAAUUUUUGGACAAGUUCAACAUCUUUCCCAUAACAUCCCAACCUGCCCAACAGCCCGCCAAGAUGUCGUCCAUGCGAAAUGCCGUACAGCGGCGCAACCAUAAAGAACGCGCGCAGCCCGCCGAGCGCGAAAAAUGGGGUCUUCUUGAGAAACGAAAGGACUACAAACUCCGGGCCGCAGAUCACCGUUCGAAGAAGGCGAAACUCAAGAUCCUUAGCGAGAAGGCGCGCGAACGAAAUCCCGAUGAAUUCUCCUUCAAAAUGAUGUCGUCCAAGGUGGAUGCAAAAGGCAAGAAGGUAGCUGACCGUGGAAACACGGCGCUUAGCAUGGAGGUGGUGAAACUAUUGAAGACGCAGGAUGCUGGAUAUAUACGGACGAUGUUGCAGAUGGCGAGGAAGGAGAGGGUGGAGCUGGAGCAGAGGUUGGUCAUGGAAGAGGGCGAAGUACGCGCCGUGAAAGACAGAAACAGCGGUCUCAAAGGCAAGCACCGGGUGUUUGUUGAAAAUGAGGAGGAACAAGAGGAGUUCGACCCGGAGGCGUGGUUUGGACGCGGGGAAGACAUCCCGGCAAAACAACCGAACACCGAUUACGUUGAGAACAUCUCAGCUGAGGACUCAGAAGACGAGGAAGACGAGACGACAGUUGCAUCGAAACCGAAAAUCCUAUCGAAGAAGCAACUGGAGGCGCAAAAGCUGGCGGAGAAGGAGGGCAAGGUCUUCAACAAGACCAGAAAGCGAGCGCAAUCAAGAACUGCAUACCGGCUAGAGAUGGCAAAGAACCGCGAACGAGAGCUCGUAGCGGCCGAAGAGGAGCUUGAGAAGCAGCGUGCCAAGAUGAACAACUCCGUGGGAGGGACGAACAAGCACGGGGUCAAGUUCAAGAUUCGAGAGCGCAAGCGUUGAGCGAUUAUGCACUGGAGCGCCUAGCGACUAAAAUGGGCUAUACAGAGUCUGAUCGAUGGCCUUCUCAUAUGGAGCGUUUGCAGGCCACAUGUAGGCGGUUACAGUAG